CACACAUUACGGUUAUUACGACAUCGACAUGCGCCGCUGUCGCAGCACAAUGAAAACAACUGUGAUGUGAUCUGAUGGCAGACCCCCGGAACUGGUGCAGCUCCGUGCUUUGAUUCGCGCCUUCGCCAUUUGGAGCAUGUACCGUCGCGUGCUCGUGUUCGUGUUCGCGGCCGCGCUCCCGGCGCCGUGGUAGCGAUGUGGGCGACGCUCAGCGCGCGAGGCUCGGACAGAAAUAUCCCGCUGCCGUGGAAACGGCAGCCCGCUUCCGGUUGCUCGGACCUCGGCUGUCCUCGUGCGUAAAACCCCGGUCAACUCGCCCGUCUCCCUCUGGAAUGCAUCUCCCCAAGAAAUGCUCCGCGUUCAAAGUGGUGCUCAGCGCCCUGCUGAUCGUGGCGCUGCUGCAGCUCAUGUACCUCUCCUUCCUGUCCACGUUCCACGGCCGGCAGCAGCGGUACCGCUACUCGGAGCUCUUCGGCGGCUCCGGCGGCCGCAGGAAUGCGCAACCGGAGAAGAGCGCGCGCAAGGAGCGCCUGCGCCACUCGCUGUCCACCGGCGGCAUCUUCGACAGCAGCGGCCAGUACCGCGCGUACAGGCACUUGAUCCAAAGUGACUUCACGGCCAACCAGAAGCCGGGGUCGCAGCCCAGCGCCGACGUCAACGUGCUGGCGCUGGCCACGCACACGACCAUCAACAACCUGCAUCACCUCGAAUCCCUCCUGGAGCGGUGGAAGAACCCGCUGUCCGUGGCCAUCUUCGCGCACGGGCAGGAUGUCAAGUUCGCCACGGCUCUGGUGUACGCGCUCAGCUUCUUCUGCCCCCAGAUCCAGGCCCUGGUGGACUUCCACUUGGUCUGCCUCUCCGGGGAGACGGCCAGCUUCCCCGAGCAGGACCACGAGCACUUCGCCGGGCUGGAGGACUGCGCCUCCGUCUUCUCCAGACUGCAGACCCACAGGGACGAGCACAAGAACUAUGCCAUGAGCGGAAACAUCUCCUACCCCAACAACCUCCUCCGCAACGUGGCGCGGGGUGGCGUAGAGUCCUCCUACGUCCUGGUCGUGGACAUCGACAUGAUGCCGAGCGCCGACUUGCACCAGCGGUUCCUGGCCAUGAUCUUGAGCCGGCAGCCGGCGGGCGACGAGGUGUUCGUGCUGCCCGCCUUCGAGAUCCGCCACGCCAGGAAGAUGCCCGCCACCAAGCCGGAGCUGGUCCAGCUCUACCAGGUGGGGGAGGUCCGGCCGUUUUACGAGGAGCUGUGUCCCCGCUGUCAGGCCCCCACCAACUACUCGCGGUGGGUGAACAGCCACGUCAGAGGGACGGGCAGCCUGGAGGUCGCCUACACGCUGACCUGGGCGGACCCCUGGGAGCCUUUCUACAUCGGGCCCCACACUGUGCCCCUCUACGAUGAGAACUUCAAGCAAUAUGGCUUCAAUCGCAUCAGCCAGGCCUGCGAGCUCCACGUGGCCGGAUACAGGUUCUCGGUGCUGAGCUCGGCCUUCGUGGUGCACCGCGGCUUCAAGGUCCAGGGGGAGUUCCAUGCCAGGAAAGACGAGGAGAACAAACGCAACCGGGUCCUGUUCCGCAGCUUCAAAGAGGGCCUGAAAAACAAAUACCCAUCCUCCACAAGAAGAUGCUGAGACGAAAAAAAACCAGGACUCUAGUAUCCGUCUCUAAGGAUUUCUGCUGAAAUGAUGCACGUGUGUUUUUUUCUAAUUUAACCACAUUAAGUCUGCCUGCUAUGAUCUCUUGUGAUGAUAGCACAGUCGGAGUUGAAGCUAAUCCAACUCCUGAAAAGGAGCAGCAGGGACAUUUUCUCGGGGGAUUUCUGGCAGCAUCCCGCCAAGGAAAAAAACUCGACUCGUCAGAUUAUUUUGCAGCAAAUACACAUUCAGAAACCUAGAUAUCAUAUAAAAGAUAGACACAAACAAGUGACUGCGAGCCACGGACUCUACAUAUAUUCAAAGAACCAGAAAUUCUAAUUUCACUGUGUGUCACGUGAGGAUUAAUGUGCUACACUUCGCUGACAGAUGAUCAAAAGAUUACCCUGUUCCUCGGAAGUCCAGCUGAGAUCGCAUGCGGGCAGCAAUGUUUGCGAUCUUCAUUAUCAAAAGGAAAAUAGGCAGAGCCGUAUCUUUUGAGUGCCGUGCCAAUAAGUGGUGUGCUCUUGCCACCAGAUGGCAACAGACGCUCGCGUGUUAAGUGCUCGGCCGCUCGCUGUAUAUAGUCCAGGGUUGAAGUCGGUGUCAGGAAACACAGGGAUUACACAACAAUCAGUGUGCUUCGGUGCUCGGAGAGAGGGAUGGGAAUUCUCCCCGCCACGGCCGUCGGCACAACAAAGCACUCGACAACUUUAUAUAUAGAGAGAGAGAGAGAGAGAGAGAGACGUUGUACAACACUAUUAUUUUUGCCAACACUGUGAAAUAAACUACUGAGGACGGGUAGCAGAUAAGAUUAUCUGAAGCUCUGGUAUUUUUUUUCUCCACCUUUCUGAGAAGAAUGUGCCAGGGUUAGUGGGUACAAACAAUUUAAAAAGUACCGCAUGAUCAAAGUGUAACUACAAAGAUUACUGUGGAGAUCUUUAUCUCAAUACCACUAGUAUACAAAUGUCAAAUAAUAGACCUUAUACUUUAUUCAACAACCCACGGGUACAUACAGAUAUUAAACAGUAUUAAACCACUUUUCUCAUAUCCGUUCAGUGAAACGCAUAUAGAACCGCACAUGCGGAAGAUAACGUUUGGUUACUUUUAAGUGUUAAACUGUCAUGUAAUCGUGGAUUUUGGAGUUUUAAAUACUUUUUUCCUUUCUUCACUCGUAGUGUUAAUGUGAUAUAUAUUUAUUGGGGAAAUGUUUUUGUUUAACUGGAACUUUUUUAAAUGACCCCCAAGCAGGAUCAACUGUAGCACGCAAGUGUGUGGACAAAUGAUGUACGGUACAGAACAUUUUAGAGUUUUUUGUUUGUUUGAGAACCACAAUAAAAUCAUUUUAUCUGAGUAAGAUACAUUUCAACAAAUGACCUUGUGAUGAUGUGAUCAUGUGAAGUGUGUCAUGUGUCUCUUCCCUACUUGAAAAUGCGGUUGUUUUUUUGUAUGUAUUCUUUUCUUUUUGGUGUUCACAAGAUAUAAUGCCUGAUUUGUAAUGUUUGGAAUUUAUAUUAAACCUACUGGAUGACUUUUGUUCCACCCA